ACCGACAUUUAGUUUAGUACCGUUUUUGGCUGCAGUCGCACUACGGACAGUUUAUUCUAAUUGAGUGCUACCAUCCCAUAUAUACAUCCAAACAUACCAAUAUUACUGCUAAAGCUAACGAUAUUAACUACACAUAUUAAAUGCUAUUAUACACGGGCCGAGCAAAGCCAUUUUAAAUGCGGUUUACUGCUCCAUCAUACACACAAAACACAUGAAAAAUUCAAUUAUAACCAAUUGAAAUCGUAAUCGAGUCCAAAAUAAACUAAAUUAAAUGGUUAUCAACGUUUGAAAUCAAAAUAUAAUAACUAUUUUCUAUGAAAAUCGAGUGUUUCCGAGAAUCGGGAAAAGUUAAUAAUUCAAUUAAUGUUAACGCCAAAUAAAUAAUCCGACAAGAAAACGCAAGCGCAUGCAACAAGUUAAAUCCAGCCGACAGUUGUAAGCCAAGUUAGAUCCGUACACAUAGAUACACCCCAAAUACCAACACCAAUUCGAAUGAAUGCCCGGUACACACAUACAAACGCAAAAAAAACACCAACACACCCAAGCAGACUAUAACAAUGUCAAGUGAAAACAUUCUCUGGAAGCAACAGGUUUCCCCUUAAUAAGUGUUAUAAAGAAGCAACCAACAGUCAUCACCCAGAACUGUUCGUUUCCGAAAAGAGCAGAAAGAGAGGUAGAAAAGAGAGUACGGCGAGGAGUACGAAGAUAAAGUAUAUUAAGGCGAGAACGAGAGAGGACCACCGGCCCGUAAAUCACAUGAAAAUAAUAGUAUAAGCUAAAAAAUAUAAAAGAAGACAGUUCUUAAGUGGGUUAAAAUAGUGUGACUGCAACCAAGUGGAACCGAAUCAAACCAAAACCAUCCCCGAACCGCAAGAUCAACUAAAAGAGUUCUUAGAGCGCGUCUAAAAAGCGCCAACCUCACAGAACCAUGGAAUUCUACGAUGGCGACCUCAAAGAUAUAUGGGACUCCGACUUAGAUCCGGAAUCCUUGAAAAUCAGCCCCGAUCACGAUAUGCACGACUGGCUGUUCGAUCGCGACGUCAAAGAUCCCACCGUCAUACUCAACGACAAGCUCAUCUCGGAUGCCCUGCUCAAUGGCACACAGCCGAUCAAAACGGAGCACUCCUACAGCCUCAGCAGCGACGUUGACUCCCUGCCCGAUUCACCAAAAAGCCUGCAGGCCAAAAUGGAGGACAUGGACGACGAGUGCUUUCCCGCCAUUUCACUGAAGACGGCCACCAGCGGGCGCGUGACCAUCGACCCCAAGUGCCUGACCCUCCACGUCCCGCCCACGCAUGCCACGCAUGCCACGCCCAUCAGCCGCCUGAGCAGCAAUCCCGCCCUGAACUCCUCCGUCGCGGAUGUGACGCGAUCCUCCGGCCUGCAGAGCCUGCAUGCACAGCAUCCCCACCACGGAUCCGGAGCAAACCACGUGGUGGUGGCCAAUCUGGAGCACUUUCAACUACCUCAGCACCUGUACAACGACAACGACUGCAGCUCCUCGGUGUCGUCGAUGCGGGACGGCAGCAUGUCGCCGGACAUAUGCUCCGACAUCGAGAUCGACGAGUCAGCCAUCAAGGAUGAGCCCAUGUCGCCGGACUCCAGCUGCCCUGCCAGUCCCACAUCCCAAGCGAGCAGCUCGCAGCACCAGCUCAGCCUUAAUCUGGCACACCUACAAUCGGAGAUGCUAUUCGAGCCGAGGCACGGUGGCCUCCUGCUGACCGCCAGUAGCAACAGCAACAACAGCUUAAUCAAGUCCCAGCAGCGCCAGCAGCAGCUCCUCGGCCAGGGCGAUCUGCUGAUGGCCAAGAUGGAGAUCAAGAGCGAGAAACAGAACACCAGCAACAGUAGCAGCAGCAGCAGCAGCAUCAGCAGCAGCAUCAGUAGCAGCACCAGCUCCGGCAAAUCGCAUGCCCACGGCUAUGGAAUCCCGCUGACGCCACCCUCAUCCCUGCCCAGCGACGAUUCCGAAGGUAACUUGACACCGGAACACUUGUUUUCGCCCCUGUCGCCCAACGCUUCCGUUUCUAUCUCCGUGGCCAAUGCAGCCGGCGGCGAGUCAUCGUCAUCCGUACGUGUCAGCCGCACCGCUGCCGGCAUCACGCGCUCGUCCACCGGAUCCGGAUCGGGAUCGGGAUCGGGCUCCAAUUCCAGCACAACGGCCACCACGACACGGCAGCCGAUCCACACGCCGCUGAUUAGCUCACAGCCGAAGGGCUCUACUGGCACGCUGUCGCUGACGGAGGAGGAGAAACGCACUUUGCUGGCCGAAGGCUAUCCUAUCCCUCAGAAACUUCCCCUAACCAAAGCAGAGGAGAAAUCGCUCAAGAAGAUUCGACGUAAAAUCAAGAAUAAAAUCUCUGCUCAGGAAAGUCGCCGCAAGAAGAAGGAGUACAUGGACCAGCUGGAGAGGCGCGUAGAGAUUCUGGUCACCGAGAACCACGACUACAAGAAGCGCCUCGAGGGGCUGGAGGAGACCAAUGCCAAUCUACUUAGUCAGCUGCACAAACUGCAGGCCCUAGUUAGCAAGCACAAUGUGAAAAAGUCCUAAGUCCCGGCCCAAAGCCCCCGAAAUCGUGGGCUCCUGGAUACCGGAACCGUUUCUUGUUUGCCCGCCUUCCCGAGUUAUUUGUAGUUCUAUCUAUGUAGUAUAGUAUGUCUUCAGUCCUUUGUUUCGAUUUACAAUCAGUCUGGGAGUUUUUCAAGAAUUUAUGCGAUGAUGAGGAAAUUUGAUGAAUUUUUUUUUUGUUUUUGAUCGGCUUUUGGCUAGCACAAAGCGGUAAACAUUCCCCUCCUGCUCCUGCACCUGCUCCUGAUCCGGCUCCUGCUCCACCGCACUAUAUAUUCCACAAGGCAUAGAUGCCUAGAUGCCCAUAACCAAUACCGUAUAAUUAAUGUGUAUGUUAUCCUAGCUACUUGUAGGACCUAUAUUAUAUAGCUAUGUAUAUUAGUCAUGCAUUCCUGUUAUAUAAACUUGAUCUAGAGCUUAGGCAAAACGACCAGCUGCAACUACAACCACAAUUAUAAUUACAAUUACAAUUACGAUUACACUUACAACUACAAUCGAGAAGCUCAAAAGCAGAAGCCAAUCUAGAAAGCGUCUAAAAAGAAGCUAAAUAAUAAUAUUGUAAUGAAACGAAAUCAACAGACCAAAAACAAAAACAUACAACAAAAAAAAAAACAGCAAAGUAAUGAAAAGGUUAACCACGACAAAAAAAAACAAAAAAAAUAGCAGAUCGCAAGUGGGCUCUAAUAACACAUCAAAUCCAGACUGGAGUUGAUCGAAGAGCGGCGACAUGUACAUUAUGUUUUAAUAAUGAUUGAAUGAAUGAACGAAAGACUCCCGGAGCCCAAAAUCUCUGUGCUGUCUUUGGCAUGACUCUUGUUCCUUUAAACGAUAUUUCUCAAAAAACAAACGAGCUGAAACGAAAGAAAAAUACCUAAACAAUUCCAUAAUGUGUAGCUAUGUAGAAGGAUUAUAUAACGAACUAUGUCUAUAUGCAGCAUUUAAGUUUCUCUUCGUCAUCUGUUUGCCAGCAGCCGUCAAAAUGGAGUUUCAGUAGAUGGAAAUUAUACGAAUUUACAAGGGUAUCCGAAUCCAUAUCCCCCAAUUCGGUUCCGUUCUCCACCUGUCGCGUUGCCUGGUCGAUUUAAACAAUUUCCGAGCCAAUUAUGAAAAUGAAUUAUUGUUUGUUAAGUUUUAUAUUAUAAGACGGCGCUGCACCGACCGAAGGGAUAUAGAGAGCAAAACCCAAUUCAAUCAAAUUUCGCAGCAAUGAUUUUGUUUUUUAUGUUUACACUUUGUGUUUUACGUUCUAGUGCAAUUUUUUGGCAUCCAUAUAUUUAUACAGAUAUUUUUGUAUUUUUUUCCGCAGCGUUCUGAAUGAGUCAAUCUAGUUUAAAUUAGUUGAAUUUAUAUAAACAAAAUUACUUAAUGAAAAUUUAAUUAGUAACUCGAUGAUUUCUUAUCAAAUCGAUAAUAUCUAUAUGAAAUAAUUUAGCUAUUUUUAUGUAUGUCUGUGCAUGUGUGUAUAAAUCAAGCGGACGAAGUUGUGCAAUUGUUAGUAAAAUUUUAAAAGAAAGAUAUUUAGAGAAAAUACAAAAACGAAAAAUUGAAGUUAAAAUAUGAAAAGCUCGUGCAAUGACAAAACUAUUUUAUUAUAAAAUGCGUUAAACAAAUUUAAAAAAAAAAUGAGAAAUACAUUAUGAUAUAUUUAUAUAUACAAGUAUAAAUAAUGUACGACUAUAUACUAUUUUUUGGCUAUAGCAUUUUAAACGCAUAUAUUGUAUGUUUAACGUUGAAAAGGAAAAAAACAAAACCAGAAAAUACAUCCAAAAAAAUUGUAAAACUUUUAUGAUUGGUUGCUGUAAUUUGGCAAAAGUAAAAGUGCAAUUCCAAAUAAAAUUCAUACAACCAUAACAACAGCA